AUGGACGUUUUUCUGGGCGCCGAGUGUUUUCCUCCGUGCCUCGUUUUUUACUGCGCUCACCCCGCCGCCGUCGGGGGGUGGCCAGGCGACGUGCUCGUGCACACAGUUGCAGCCAGUGCGCCCCUAUUGCCCUCACCGCGGCGGCGCCUGCGGCUGCAUGCGUCUGUGUGUGUAUUGCAGCGGUGUGCGGCCCUUCAGUUGCGUGUCUUUUCUUUUGUUCUUGCUUUGACUCUUCCGUUUCUUCCCGCAGUGGCGAAAUGUGGCGGUGGAUCUGAGGUGCGCUACGGCUGCCUGGCGCCAGCAGCGUGCUUUUGGGCGUUGCCCACGCAAUUGUUGAAACGAGGGGUGUCAGUCUCAGGGCUGCACUGCUGUAGGGGUGUGGCGGCGGUACUGCAGGCGACGCACCUGCAGCGGCGCGGCCCUGGCGGUUAUGUACGCUGCGGGGGUCCCGUAUGCGGCGGUCAUCAGGUGCAGUGUGCCGCGCACAUUGGAGGAGAGGUGAUUGCGUCCGGCUUUUGUCGCGUGCGUUAUGUGCGCCGCAGGGGCCUGUCGCGACGAUGGUGGCUUUUGCUGUCGCGUCCACACCGCGGGGUAUUGGGAUGCUUUUGUUGUGCGCGGGUGAGCACCAUGUGCGGGUGUGGUCUUUUUCUGGUGGUUGUGCGGCGGCGUUGCCCACUCCUUGCUGUCGGCGGUUGGUGCGUGGCUGGUGGUGCCUACCGCCGUCUCCAUCGUUUGCCAGUUUGCUCGUCUGUGCCCACCGCCCGCGUGUGUGCUGCUGCAGUGCACGGCAACUGCCUGCGCCUGCGCCUAGCAGCUGCGUUGGUGCGUUUCCUACAUGACCAUUGA